UUCCUCCUCCUCCUCCGGUCCAAACCGGAUUUUUCCAUAUCGUGUGUUCCUCCGACCCCUUCUUCGUCGCCGUUCUUCAGAUUUUUCUCUCACUCUUCUGCUCAAAAGGGAAGUGACUUGGAGAAUCAUCGAAGAAGGUGAUCUCUGUUUCUCAGGGCAUCAAGACUCCAACCUUGUUUUUUUGUUGUGUAUCAUGCCGUAUUUUAUUCAGAGGCUUUUCAAUACUUGCAAUGCGUCUCUGUCACCUAAUGGACCUGUGUCCGAGGAGGCCUUAGAAAAGGUUCGCAACGUGUUGGAGAAAAUCAAGCCGUCUGAUGUUGGUCUCGAACAGGAAGCUCAGUUAGUGCGUAACUGGUCCGGUCCUGGGAGCGAGCGUAAUGGAAACCAUAAUUCUCUGCCAGCGAUUAAAUACCUUCAUUUACACGAGUGUGACAGCUUCUCGAUUGGAAUUUUCUGCAUGCCACCUUCGUCAGUCAUACCACUACAUAACCAUCCAGGCAUGACAGUGCUAAGCAAGCUCGUUUACGGUUCAAUGCACGUCAAGUCAUAUGAUUGGGUUGACCCUGAUCCAUCAGAGCUAGACGAUCCAUUACAAGCAAGACCUGCAAAGCUGGUGAAGGAUACUGAUAUGACAGCCCCCUGCCCAUCAACCACUCUAUAUCCAACAACAGGCGGCAACAUCCAUUGUUUCAAAGCCAUUACUCAUUGUGCUAUCUUUGAUAUCUUAUCUCCUCCGUAUUCGUCUACUCAUGGAAGGCAUUGCAACUAUUUCCGGAAAUCCCCAGUGCAGGACUUGCCUAGUGAGAUUGAAGUGAUGAACGGAGAAGUGAUCUCAAAUGUGACAUGGCUUGAAGAGUAUCAACCCCCAGAUAACUUUGUGAUAUGGAGAGUUCCGUACAGAGGCCCUGUGAUUAGAAAAUGAGAUUGUAAAAAGAUCUUAAGCAAACUAGACAAGAGCAGAAAAGAGGAAGGAGCUUACCAUCAGGAGAAUAAAAUUGGUACACCGUCGGAAGGCUUGCUGCUUUGUGAUCAAGAAGGUUCUUACAUACUUGUGAGCUUCAGCCUACUUCACUGUAUUAUAAUGUUUUACUAUUACACACAUCUUUUCGAUUACUCUACUAUAGUUUUAUAUGAUAAAUUUUUGUCUUCCAUAAACACAAUUGCUCAAAAACAUUGUAUUUUUCAUUGAUUAUUUCGUCGAUCAUUGGCCUUUGGUUA